GUACGUGGUACUAACCACAAAGCAUCACGAAGGCUUCACCAACUGGGGGUCAUCCGUGUCCUGGAACUGGAAUUCUCUGGAUACGGGGCCUCACCGGGAUCUGGUAGGAGAGCUGGGACAAGCCCUCAGGGAGAGCAACAUCCGCUAUGGGCUGUAUCACUCCCUGUUAGAGUGGUUUAAUCCACUCUAUUUAGCUGACAAAGAAAGUGGCUUCAAGACCCAGAACUUCGUUUUAAAGAAGACGAUGCCAGAACUUUAUGAUCUCGUCCUAAAAUACAAACCUGAUUUGAUCUGGUCGGAUGGAGACUGGGAUGCUCCAGAGUCAUACUGGAAUUCUACCUCUUUCCUUGCCUGGCUCUAUAACGAUAGUCCUGUCAAGGACACUGUUGUUGUUAAUGAUCGUUGGUGCAGUAACUGCUCGUGCCACCACGGAGGCUACUACAAUUGUGUUGACAAGUACAAGCCAGGGACUCUGCCAGCUCACAAGUGGGAGAUGUGCUCCUCCAUUGACAAGCUUUCCUGGGGCUAUCGGAGCAACAUGAACAUUACAGAGUUAAUGGAUGAAGCAAGUAUCAUUGAGGAGCUAGUGCAGACUGUGAGUUUUGGAGGCAACUACCUGCUCAAUGUGGGACCUACAAAAGAAGGGGUGAUUGUUCCCAUCUUCCAAGAAAGACUUUUGGCCCUUGGGAGGUGGCUGGACACUAAUGGGGAGGCGAUUUAUGAAACAAAGCCAUGGAGGGUACAGAUGGAGAACAGCACAGACAUGGUGUGGUACACUUCUAAGGGACCAGUUGUCUAUGCCAUCUUUCUGCUCUGGCCUCAGGACAACGUUCUGAAGCUGUCCUCACCUGCUCCAUCCCCAGACACACAAGUGACCAUGUUGGGGUUUGCGGGGACACUGAAGUGGCAGAAGUCCCCUGGUGAAGGACUACUCGUAACACUGCCCUGCAUGCCUCCAUCCCCCCAGUCUGGCUGGGCCCUCAAGCUUGAGAGUGUGAAGUGA